AACCAUUAUGUUCCGCUUCUAUAAAAGUGUUAUUCUAGGUUUUCACCGAUAUGACAAACAAACACCAUGGUGGAAGACGCAGAACUCGAAAUAUACAAUGAAAUAAUAAAUAAAGGGUGUUGCAAACGAUGUGUUUUGCGGUAUUUGGGGCAAUGCAGAACUCUGCUGACUUUCGAACACCCAAACACUUGCUUAGUGAAUUUUGGAUACAUGGACCCUAUUGAGGAAUUUGAAGAAGAACGAAAGGCGAAAAUUCGCAAAAGUAACCCGUGUUCAGUUUGCUUGGGCCUUUUGCAAGAUCCCGCCAUUGAGGAAAUGUUUGCAUGUGAAGGCUUGAAUAACAUUUCUGAGUACCUGAGUCAGACUUUUGUGGCCUAUAUUACUUUCCCGACAUGCAUUUUAAUAAGGGAUCAUAGUAUGAAACUGCACUUGAAGCGCUUAUUUCCAAAUCUGUUUGACUGUUCCAAAGUUAUAAAAGUGAACAAUGCCUGGCGAUAUGCUGUUGAAGAACGACUGUCUCAAACCUUGAAAAAGUCUUACAGUCAUUUAUCGAAAUUAACUUUGCAUUUUUACACCAAGUAUCAGCUGGAAGAUGAUGAACUGGAGGCAGUACAGCGUGUUCUGAAAAACCUCCCAAAAAACAAUUUAAGUAAACACUGCGUUUACAACAUGCUGGAGACAAUAUCAGAUAAUGAAUUUGGAAACCUGGUCAACGUCCCCCCCAAAGUGCCCCUUUAUGCCGUAACGCUGGACACAAUGAAAUUUUUCUCAGAAGCUAUUCAUCUAAUAGGAAAUUAUUUGAAAUAUUCUAGGGAUUUAUUUCAAGUCCAGAAUCUGUUCAAUACUGCUUCACUAGAUUUUAGCAUAGAAACAAUAAUUGUAGAUGCAGUAAGAAACGUGGCAAGUGACUUCAAAGACGCCGUCUUUAAAGCAUCUGGUUUUGACGAUAACAACAUUAGAGUCCUUGGAAGCGGCAGAACCUUCCACUUGCAGCUAAAUGACCCUAAGUUUGAGUCAGUUUCGAAAAAACAGUGCCAAGUAAUUGAAGGAAUCAUUCAGCGUAGCAAACUUAUGGCUGUGCGAAAUUUGCGGGAAUGCGACAAGCGAGACAUUUGCAUCCUCUUGGACAACGAACAACGCGGUGCCAGGAGUUAUAAAGCGUUGUGUAUGGUGUACAAAUGUAAGAAUAUCGACUAUUGCAUAAAUGCGGUAAACAUGUAUGAAUCUUUGAACGUGUGCCAAAAAAUUCCACUAAAGGUCUUUCAUAAGCGGAAAUUUUAUAAAAAGAGAAGAAAGAUAUUUCAGAUUAAAGCUCGGAAAUUGAAAGGUAAUUUGGUUGAGUUAGACUUGUGUACACAGUGCGGUUUCAGCGUCCCUGAAUUCGUCAAUGGGGACCUUGGAAGGACUAAACCUUCGCUCUGUGAUAUCAUGAACGCUAAAGUUGACGUUCUAGCGGUGGAUAUUGUUGAUUUCCAGCCCGCACUGCAUUGCGAUGGAGAGGAGGACGUAAUAAUUUAGGAUUUCUAACUUUUAUUUUUGUACAAAGAAGAAUUUUAAAUACUAAUUUAUAAAAGUUGUAAACACGUGAUAAUAAACGAGAGAACCCUUGA